UAUCUAUCGAGAAAGAUUAUGUAAAUGGGGGUAGGAGACAAAGUAUUUUUCUUUUGCCGGUUAGUAAAUGCUCUGACUGUAGUCAAGUGACGGACGUCUCCUCCUAGCCCCAAUAAAGAAUAGAAAACCCGCUUUACAAUCUCACAACAGUGAUUUCCAUCCAUCCAGACUCCAGAGACUAGAAAUGCUCCACCUAUCAAUGGCGUCUGCAAGACCUCUCACCAUGGUGUCGAAGUUGUUCUCGACGUCCUUCCGCCGCCUCCACCAGCAACACCGCCUGUACAGUACCAGGCAUUGCCCCUCCAUGGAUGCGUAUACCAAAAACCCCUUCGGAGUGGCUGAUGAAUAUAUUGGUGGGCCGAGAUGGCCCAGAAAGGUAUAUUUGAUUAAAAUAUGUGGUGAGAGCUUGGUAGUGUUGAAGGUUGACCUGCCCGGUAUGGUCUCAGAAGGCCUGAAACUGUGGGUGGACGAGGAGAGAAAUAUAGCGUUCGAGGGGAAGAUAAAGAGCGAGCCAAAGUAUGACUACGAGGGAGGCUCUUACCAUGGCGUCAUUCCAGUCAUCCCAUUGUUGUGCCAUGUGGAGAAGUUCAAGUUCGAGUUGACUCACGGAGUCCUCUGGGUUAGUCUCCCACUCACCGAAGAAGCCAAGGCCGUCAGAAAGGUUCAACUCGAUUUGAUGAAGAAAGGGCUUGUUAAAUAUUAGGGUUCAUUGCACAUUAGGUGUUUGUAGAAAUGCUCCUAUCCAGUUUGAGUUCCAUUAGUUUGAAGAUUUUUUCGUGUGAAUUGGAUAUUGUUCUUUUUGCAUUCCAGAGUCGAUCCAUCAAUUGUUGUUACACACGUUUGGUGAUAUGGGCUGUGUGUUAUGUUCUAGUCUCUUUACUCCAUCGACUCUGAAAAACUUGUGUUGUACUCAUUUUUGUUAGUUAUGUAAAAUUUGUGUCACA